UCUGGUGAAGUUCUGUUUUUUAUAAAUUUUUUGUUCGUUCGGAUUUUCGAAUUUUCAAGUUACAUAUUAUUAUCCAAUUUUCUAUCCCUUUCCAUUUUUUUGACUUUACUUUUUUCACCAAAGGCAAUAAGAUCGUUUCAGCUUUUCUCCCUUUCCUAUCAUUUUUCUGUCGCAAAAUCCGUCCAAUUCUUAUGUAAGCGAGUCUUUAUUUAGGCGAUGAAGACGCGGAUGAGUUUUUAUUAAUUUUCAUUUUUUAGCUGUUAAUCUUGUCUAUCUCUUACCUUAUUUUUUUGGCAGUCCUUACCUUAAAAUCCUUUUAUUUUUAACAUAAUCUAACGUAGAAAAUGACAAACGCGUUCAUCAGCAGUGGAAGUCAAGUUUUGCCUUCAAAGGAAUUGGCACUCUUUCGGAAGAUUUUGAAAUGUUAUGAACAAAAGCAAUACAAAGUUGGGUUGAGAUGUGCAAAACAAAUACUUUCUAAUCCAAAUUUUUGUGAGCAUGGAGAAACGCUUGCUAUGAAAGGCUUAAUUUUAAAUUGUAUGGGGAAGCACGAGGAAGCUUUGGAAAUUGUUAAGAAAGGUUUGGCUGCUGAUUUGAAAUCGCAUGUUUGUUGGCAUGUUUUUGGUCUAGUUCAACGUUCCGAUAAACGCUACGAUGAGGCUAUCAAAGCUUAUAAAAUGGCUCUUCGAAUUGAAAAGGAAAAUGUGCAAAUUCUUAGAGAUUUGUCACUUUUACAAAUUCAAUUGCGUGAUUUGGAAGGUUAUCGGGAUUCUCGUUAUCAAUUACUCGUUCUAAAACCAUCAAAAAUGAGUUGGAUUGGUUACGCUUCUGCUUAUCAUUUAUUGAAGGAAUAUGAUGUUGCUUUAUAUAUUCUUGGCGAAUUCAAGAAGAAUAAUAGGGCUCCUGCAAAAAUCGAUAUUGAAAGCAGCGAGAUUAUUCUCUAUGAAAUUAUGAUACUUACAGAAGCUGGACGUUUUGGCGAAGCAUUGGCGCGUUUAGAAGAAAAUUCUACUUCUAUAUUGGAUCGCCUUGCUUAUUUUGAAAUUAGAGCGUCUUUACUAAUAAAUUUGGAACGUUUUGAGGAUGCUGAAAGAGUUUAUUGGACAUUAAUUGAUAGGAAUCCUGAUAAUAUUUUUUAUUAUAAACAAAUUGAGAAAUGUCGGAAAUUGGAUAAUACCCAACAAAAUAACCAAGACCUCAUUACUUUAUAUGAUACAAUAAUUCUUCAGCGACCUAAAGCUUCUCUUCCAAAAUUAAUUUAUUUGUUAUAUGUUGAUGGUCCAAUUUUUGAGGAGAAAGUUCGUACUUAUUUAAUUACUUGUUUUCGUAAAGGAAUUCCUUCGCUUUUUAAAAAUCUUUUGACGCUUUAUGAUAAUCAACAAAAGGUCAAAACAAUCGAAAGAAUUCUUUUGGAUUUUGUUUACAAAUUUGAGGAAAACGGGUAUAAUCGAUUCUCUUUGGAUGGCUCAAAUCUUCCCGAAUGUCCAACAACCGUUUUGUGGACUUAUUACUAUUUGGCUCAACAUUUUGAUAGAUUAAAAAAUUACCAAAAAGCGCUUAAAUAUAUUGAUGAAGCUUUAAAACAUACUCCAACAUUAAUUGAAUUAUAUAUGGCUAAAGCUAAAAUUUUUAAGCAUUCCGGUGACUAUGCGGCAGCAGCCGAUUUAAUGUUAUCUGCACAAGAAUUGGAUACUGCAGAUCGUUAUUUAAAUAGUAAAUGUGCCAAAUAUUUGUUGAGAGAUUGCCGUAUAAAAGAAGCUGAAGAAAUGUGUUCAAAAUUUACUCGUGAGGGAAUGAGUGCAAAUGAUAGUAUGAUAGAAAUGCAAUGUCUUUGGUAUGAAUAUGAAGCUGCUUUGGCAUAUUUUCGUUUAGCUAAAUAUGGUGAAUCUCUCCAAAAAUGUCAUCAAAUUGAACAGCAUUUUGUUAACUUUUAUGAGGAUCAAUAUGACUUUCAUGGAUAUUGUCUUCGUAAAAUGACGCUUUCAACAUAUAUAAAAUUUCUUCGUUUUGAAGAUGUUUUAAAUUCUCAACAAUUUUAUGUUAAAGCAACAAAAUUGGCUGUUUCGAUAUAUAUUGAUAUGGUUGAAAAUCCUCAAAAAUUUGUUGAAAAACAGACGCAAGAUAAUUCUGCUUUAACUCCUGCUGAACUUAGAAAACUUAAACGAAAGGCAAAUAAAGCUAAAGCUGAAAAGGAUAAACAAAAUGCUGAACAAGCUGCAAAACAAUCUACGUCCAAGCAAAGAAUGGAUGGGGAAUUUGAUGUUUUCGAUCCAGAACCUUUUGAUACACAAAAGUUGUUGAAACCUGAAAAUCCUAUUGAAGAAGCUUGCAAAUUUAUUAAGCCAAUACUUCAAAUGCCUUGUGAAGAUGUUGAUUUUUGGGUUAUUGCUUUUCGGGUAUAUAUCUACAAGGAUAAGCUGUUAAUUAUGCUCAAAUGUCUGUACAAAAUUUUCAAUUUGGAUCCAACAAAUAAACAAUUAUUGAAUGAAUUGUUUGCUAAAUAUAAGGAGAAAUUUGAACAAUCUGAAGCUUCCAAGAUAAAGAAAACUUCAAAUUUAUUGGUUGAUUUGACAAAAGCAUUGGAAAUUAAAUUAGGAAUUAAUGUGGAGGGGGGAAAUGUGCCUACCUUGGCUAGGGAUGAUUAGGAGAAGUAAAAUAAAAAUUAAUAAUAAAAAGAGUAUAGUUUUAUUAUUUUUGUUGUUUUGUUUUUUUAAUAUAAUACGAAUAUUAUAUUUUUUCUUUUAAUAAUCUACCCCCAAAUACAUAUAAAGUUUAAAAAAUUGGUUUUGAAAAUUUUGAAGAGUUUUCUGCUCGUUUAUUUUUUUAUUUUGGUUUUAUUUUUGUUUUUUUUAUCUGUCAGGAAUGGAUGGGAAAGUCCCGGGGGGGGGGGUCGACCUGAAACUUCGACCCGAAGAAAAAUUUGGAAAAUCCUAUCUGGAGCCCGGCCCGACAUUUUUUUCUUAACCCGCCCAUCUCUAAUCCGCUUAUGUUUUUAUAGUUUGGGUAGAAACAACAAUUUAAAGCCUGGGACAAGACGAUUUUUUAAAGUUCAGUGCGAG